GGCAACGUUGAUUCUCCUGCAAGCUACUGACCAUGUUCCACGUCCAAGGCCAACGAAAUUCCGUGUUUUUAAUUUUGUUACAUUAAAACAUCAUAUACAAUAAAACAGGCAAGAGUCGAAACGGUGUUCCAGCCACUGCUCUGCUGUGUGAGCAGAGGAGAGCUGACCAACCAGAGCAGCUCAUUUCCUCGGUCUGUGCUUCCUCUGCAGCCCCUAGGUGAGCACUGAGCUGGGGUAGAAGGCGAGGCCAAAGCAAUCCGCUCUUCCUCCUGGCCUUCAUCCUCUUCUUCGCCUUCUUUCCCGUCCCUUUCACUCGAGAGCCGCUGUUUAUUCCCGACCUUCUACCUGCUGCCUGGAAAAAUGGGCGGCCUUGGCGACGAAGCGUCCAAUCAGCUGGUUGACAACCAGCAGCGGGAGGAGGGGCAGGCCCAGAACGAGGAGAACGAGCACGGGCACCGUAUCGCCCAGGAGGCGGCCGCCACCAACGCCAAGUGGGUGAAGGAGGGCCAGAACCAGCUGCGGAAGGACCAGAACCGCAACCCCGACUGCAACCCCAACCACAACAGCAUGGAGGAGCACCAUCCCGGGCGUGGGGAGAAGACCACCUCCAACAAGACCCUGAGGUUCCUCUGCUCCGACCUGGACUCCAAGAACUCGGCCAACAAGCCGCUCAUCAUCGACAACCUGGUGUCUCUGGAGGGCGAGGAGGAUGAGGAGGAAGAGGAGGAGGAAGACGAUGAGGAUACGUUGCCCCUGACGACGGUGGAGAAGGACACGGACUCGUCGUCUGAGACCCAGAGCACCGGGGAGUCCCGCAAGGAGAGCGUGGGGGGCGGCAGGAGCGCCUGCGUGCUUUUCGGGGGGAGGAACGGGGCACCCAGCGACGAGGACUCCAGCUGGACCUCGCUGUCCCAGGACAGCACGGCGAACAGCACCCCCGACGGGGAGACAGAGACCUUCUGGGACCGCAGCGCGUUCGAGACGGACACGGACCUGCCCGCCGGGUGGAUGCGGGUUCGGGACACCUCGGGCACGUACUACUGGCACAUCCCCACCGGCACCACGCAGUGGGAGCCCCCGUCACCCCUGGAAGGCGGGGGUCCCGACCGGCCCUCCAGCGCGUCCUCGGGAACCGCGUCCAGCGAGGAGCCGCAGGAGGGGGACGUGGUGUCGGACCAGAGCCUGAAGGAGUUCGAGGGGGCCACCCUGCGCUACGCGUCCAUCAACCUCAGCUGUUCCCUGUCAGAGGAUGAGGAGAAGCAAAGCUCGUUUAGCGCUGACCUGGAGGCCAAGUGCUUCGCCGUGCGCUCCCUGGGCUGGGUGGAGAUGUCCGAGGAGGAAAUGGCGCCGGGCAAGAGCAGCGUCGCCGUCAACAACUGCAUCCGCCAACUGUCCUACCACAAGCAGAACCUGCACGACUCUGCGGGGAUCUGGGGCGAGGGGAAGGACAUGCUGCUGGUUCUGGAGAACGAGACCCUGAAUCUGAUCGACCCGCUGGGCCAGACCCUGCUGCACUCCCAGCCCAUCGUCAGCAUCCGCGUGUGGGGCGUGGGGCGCGACAACGGCAGGGACUUCGCCUACGUGGCCCGGGAUAAGCUCACCCACGUGCUCAAGUGCCACGUGUUCCGCUGCGACACGCCCGCCAAAAACAUCGCCACCAGCAUGCACGACAUCUGCUCCAAGAUUAUGUCUGAGAGGAAGUCAUCCAAGUCCUGCCUGAACAGGCUGAACAUUGACCCCUCCAAACUGGUGGAUAUUCCUGUACAAGAAUUCCCUGCGCCAAAGAAUGAACUGGUGCAGCGCUUCCACGUGCGUUACUUAGGCAACAUGCGGGUGACCAAACCCGUGGGUAUGGACACGAUUAACGUUGCCCUGGAGACGGCUCUGAAUGCCAAAGAAAUGCACGAGUGGACGCAGGUCACUGUCAAUGUGGCUUCAGCCACCCUCACCAUCCUGACCACGGAGACGGAGGAGGUUCUGUCUGAGUGCCGCGUGCGUUUCCUGUCCUUCAUGGGCGUGGGGAAGGACGUCCACACCUUCGCCUUCAUCAUGGCCGAGGGCCCGGGGGACUUCAUCUGCCACAUGUUCUGGUGCGAGCCCAACGCUGCCAGUCUGUCCGAGGCAGUGCAGGCCGCCUGCAUGCUGCGGUACCAGAAGUGUCUGGACGCCCGGCCCCCCAGCACCAGCUCCUGCCUGCCCACCGCCCCGGCGGACUCCGUGGCCCGACGCGUGGGCUCCAGCGUCAAGAAGGGCGUGCAGACGCUCCUGGGCAGCUUCAAGCAGAAGAUGUCCGUGGCGGAGUCGCCCUAAGGGGGGGGAGAGGCGUUCGCCUCCCUCCCCUCUCCUCAGCCAUGACCCGCGCGUUCUCGGUCACGUCCUCCACUUUCGCCGUUUAAGAGUAAUAUUGAGAUUUUACUGUAAGACUCAGGGCCCUGCCCUGUUCUCCCCGAAGCUCGCACACACUGGUGGGCUGAUGCACGAUGCCCUCUCCUAUUUUUGUUGCAGUUAUUUAUCAAGAAGAUAUAUUUGCUUCAGAAGCAGAAGAGAUGGGGUGUGUGAUACAUAAAUGAUGGCACUGCUCUUUCCUUCCCUGUGUCUAACAGGGGAAGAAUUAUUGAUGAAGUUUAAGACCCAUCUCGUAUCACAGCCCAUCUCUUCAGAUUAAAGAAAUAUCACGGAUAAAGGUUAGACUAGAUAAUUUGUAUAUAUGAGUGUACAAAGUCAUUGUCUAAUACGUUGUAGAGAGUCUGGUCGGUUGUUAAUGAAGAAAGCUGAAAAAUAUGUCUAAAAGAUAGAGUAGAGAACUUCUGAGAAUAUCCAAAUGUCAGGCUGGUUCAGUGUGACUGGUAAAACUUAGUGUUUUUAUAUUCAUGUCUUGCCAUAUUGUCUUCUGCUGUGUAGAUAUUUCCUGUUGAAAAUCCAGACAUUCAAAAUUCCAGCAGUUAGAAUUUCAGGUUCUUCAGUAAUUCAGUCAUAUUUUCAGAAAAUGCAAAGAAUUUUAAAGCUAAGAAUGUAAAUGUAGGGGAAACACUGUUUGAGAAUGUGUCUGAAUUCCAAGCUUUUGUAAAGGAUUUCCAGGUGUUGGGUUUUGUAGCAUAAGUGUGUAUAAUUGCCUGCGUUCCUCUUGAUUACACAGGCUUAGGUCUCACUGACCAAUCCUGAAGCCUUUACUCUAUGACUCUUAUUGUGGCUUUCAAAAUUCUCCAUCCCUUUUUGCCAAAAAAAAAAAUUAAAAUCAUGCCCAACAUGACAAAUCAAUCUUUUCCUGUCUUCCAAAAAAAGAUGAUUAGCUGUAGGCCAGGCACUGACCAACCAGAGGACCUGAGAUUGCAAUCAUAGCUCUUUGGUGUGGCAGGGAAGUGAUGCAUGCUGGGAUCUGGAGGCAGCAAGAUGGCGUCCGCUACACACUCAGUAGGGCUGUACAGUGUGUGCCUUGCUGGUGGAAGGGGGUUUGCUGCAGUGAGCUUGGUGCUUCCGCCGUGGCAGAACCCGCCAGGGCAAACGGACGCCGGGGCACUUCUGCGGUUUGGGCUCAGGGCUCGGUGAAGCAAACUGCAAACGCUGCUUUUUCCAUGAAAGCCAGCGCUGGCCGGCUGCUUCCCAGGUUUUACUCAGACGGUUGGUUAACUUCGCCGGUGCGCAAUGGGCUCUUAAGCCACAGCUGAAGGGUACAGUUAAAGAGCACAGCUAUGGGGGAAACGGAGACUUAUAGCUGAACAUUUUCCUCCAUCACUGCCAACUUUCUAUUUGAAGUCUAUGUCAAUGGGGACCUCAGCGGUAGCCCUGUUCUUAGUGGUGAGCUGGGGGUGAGAGGGUGCAGUAUACUCUGUCUCCAUAAUAAGACCUGCUCACUGUAGGUUUAUUGCCCAAAAUCAUCUAUCAAUAUCUACCGUUCCCCCCCCCCCGCCCCACGUGGACUUGCGGUAUUUUCCCAGGGAGUUGCCUUUAAAAGGUACCGCCUCAUAUUUUUCAAUGUUAUUUUGUACUAUACUUUGUAAAAUAUUGAUACAUUGCACCAUCUUUAACUAUGUUUUUUGGCCUGAUAGGGCAUUGAGGAAAUUGAUGAUGAUUUGUGGCUACACAUAUUUUACAAGGCAAUAAUUAAGUAGUCUUAUUUUUUUAAAUAUAAUUUUAUACUGUAUUAGCUUGUCUUUGUUUUAAUACCCUUCUUGUAAAAACACUCAUAAUUAAUCACCAUUUGUUGUUUGAAAUUUUAUCACGGCAUCAAAACUUCAACUUGCACUGUUUAUUUUUCAACUACAAGGCAAGAUAAAAUGCUUUCAGUCAAAGGACACUGUUGUGUCGGCAUUCAAAAUUCUCUGUUAAUGUUUCAGUAGCUUGCUAUCAUGCUUUCUUCUCCUAACAGAAGAUCUGGUCCACAGAACCACAAAGCAAGUGCUACUUCACUGGAGGUUAGCAGCAUAUUUUCUGAAAGCAUAGCACAGUGGAAGCUUUUAAAAAAAAUUAGAUAAAAUAUCUAACUGUGUGGAACUGUGUGGAAUUCUGUGUGAGAUGUAUGCCAUUUAGAUGCUGUGUGAUUCUAUGUGGAUGCACCAAUUUUUAAGUCAUAAGAAGCGCAUCGCUGAGUUGUAAAGGAUGUUAGUUGGGAUAAAAUUUGUAUUGUAUGUUUGGGAAUGAACCCUUUCUGAAUAACUGAGCAUGACUAAUAUAUCCAUUUCCUUGACUAAAUGGAAAUGCUGUUCUGUAGUGAAACUCUUAGAUACUGCCCCGCCUUCAGGACAGGAGCAGGAAAGGCGAUAUUGAGGGGAGUGUGAUCUACACGACCGUUAAAGCGGUCAUGGCGUUUUAGACGCGGUUCUAUUGUGUCGUCCUUUUCAUUUCACGUGUGUGUUCUGGAGCGACUCCUGCCUUUCCUUUUGAAGUACGUGUGUGUCGCGUGUUUGACAGAAUCGCAUUCCGAAAACGUGGAAAAUAUGGGUCUUGUAUUACCCUUGCUUUUAGCUGCGUCGCUGUUGGCUGAAAUCUAUGAUCUUAGUGGUUUACAUCACUCCAGUUUGCACCUAAGUGUAUUUAUUCAUUUUUCCUCUAUGUAAAGGCAUCCUGAUUUAUUUAAGGUUUCAUGUGUGUCAACACUACAUUCUAGACUGCUAAGUAAUGAAGGGUCUGGAUUUUGAAGGAUUGUUAAAUUAUUUAAAGAUGUAAAUUCGGUGUUCUGUAUAUACAUGUAUAUUAAUAUAAAGUGUCACUGUAUAAAAAAUAAAAGCAUAAGUAUCA